AUGAGUGCUAGAGGACUAAACUGGAAGAGUGCUAGAGGACUAGACUGGAAGAGUUCUAGAGGAUUAGGCUGUAAGAGUGCUGGAGGAUUAGGCUGGAAGAGUGCUGGAGGAGGACUAGACCGGAAGAGUGCUAGAGGACUAGACUGGAAGAGUGCUGGAGGACUAGACUGGAAGAGUGCUGGAGUACUAGACUGGAAGAGUACUGGAAGAUUAGACUGGAAGAGUGCGAGAGGAUUAGACUGGAAGAGUGCUGGAGGAUUAGACUGGAAGAGUGCUAGAGGAUUAGACGGAAGAGUAGAAAUAGAAUGGAAGAGUGCUAAAAGAUUAGACUGGAAAAAUGAUGGAGGAUUAGACUGGAAGAGUGAUGGAGGAUUAGACUGGAAGAGUGAUGGAGGAUUAGACUGGAAGAGUGAUGGAGGACUAGACUGGAAGAGUGCUAGAGAAUUAGACUGGAAGAGUACUGGAGGAUUAGAUUGGAAGAGUGAUGGAGGAUUAGACUGGAAGGAUGCUAGAGAAUUAGACUGGAAGAGUACUGGAGGAUUAGACUGGAAGAGUACUGGAGGAUUAGACUGGAAGAGAGCUAGAGCAUUAGACUGGAAGAGAGCUAGAGCAUUAGACUGGAAGAGUGCUAGAGGAUUAUACUGGAAGAGUACUGGAAAGGUAAAUGGAGGUAUGAAGAGAGGGGUAAAUGGAGGGAGGAAGAAAGGUAAAUGGAGUAAGGAAUAG